UUCCUCCUCCUCCUCCGCGGCGGCGGCGGCGGUAGGCAGAUGCGGCGGAUCCUGGGGCAGCUCUCGCCCGCAGCGGGCUCCGGUCCCCCCGCCGCCCCUAUGGACGGCAGUGGGGGCAGCAGGCGCGCGUAGCUCGGAAGGCAUGCCCCAAACGCUGAGUGCCAGCAGUAUGUUUACCCCAUGUGGCUUCAGCCCCCACCUACACACUUCAAAAGAAGAUGAACAAGGAGGACUGAUCUUCCAGGAUGGAAACCUUACCUCAGCAUCUCUGGAUGCUCUCAUCCAGCAUCUGAUACCUACCACUGAUUACUACCCUGAAAAAGCCUACAUCUUCACAUUCCUGCUGAGUUCCAGACUCUUCAUCGAACCCCAUGAGCUUUUGUCCCGAGUUUGUCACAAGUGUAUCGAGCAGCAGCGGCUGGAUGACCCUGUGCUGGACAAGGCUCGGAUCAGAAAAUUUGGACCCAAAAUCUUGCAGUUGCUGACGGAGUGGACAGAGACAUUCCCUUAUGACUUUCAGGAGGAGCGGAUGAUUGGCCACCUGAAAGACAUGAUUCACAGGAUAGCCCCGUGUGAUGAGGCCUACUGGAAAAAGAUGAAUCAGCUUUUGCAAACCCUGAAUCAGAAGCUUGCAACUCUCAGCCAUGGGCAAGAAGGGAUUGUCAAGAUCAGUGCUGCUGUCUCUGAUAAGCUGGUUGCCUUUAAAAAUAAACCUCCAUCAAUUCAGAGAGAAAUCCUCAGCGUCUGCAGUGACCCUUACACCCUGGCUCAGCAGCUGACACAUGUGGAGCUGGAAAGGCUAAGUCACAUUGGACCUGAGGAGUUUGUGCAGGCUUUUGUACACAAAGACCCUCUGGAUGGCACCAAGACUUGUUUCAGUGAGCAGAAGAAGACCAGCAACCUUGAGGCCUAUGUGAAAUGGUUCAACAGACUCUGCUAUCUGGUAGCAACGGAAAUUUGCAUGCCUGCAAAGAAGAAGCAGCGAGCACAAGUCAUUGAGUUCUUCAUUGAUGUUGCCCGAGAGUGCUUUAACAUAGGGAAUUUUAAUUCACUGAUGGCAAUCAUUUCUGGAAUGAACAUGAGUCCGGUUUCCAGGCUAAAGAAGACUUGGUCAAAAGUGAAAACAGCCAAAUUUUUCAUUCUUGAGCACCAGAUGGACCCCACUGGUAAUUUCUAUAACUACAGAACAGCCUUGCGGGGCGCUGCGCACAGGUCCCUCACCGCGCACAGCAACAGGGAGAAGAUUGUGAUCCCCUUCUUCAGCCUAUUGAUCAAGGACAUUUAUUUUCUGAACGAAGGAUGUGCUAAUCGCCUCCCAAAUGGACAUGUCAACUUUGAAAAAUUUCUGGAACUGGCUAAGCAAGUAGGAGAGUUUAUAACAUGGAAGCAGGUGGAAUGUCCCUUUGAACAAGACCCUAACAUCAUCCACUACUUGCACACUGCUCCCAUUUUCACUGAAGAUGGUUUGUAUCUGGCUUCCUAUGAAAGUGAAAGUCCGGAAAACCAGACAGAAAAAGACAGGUGGAAAUCCUUAAGAUCCACUAUUUUAGGGAAGACUUGAAGAUUGAGAGGUUAUUGCAGUAGGUCAAGGAAAAGAAAUCCGCAAACGUUUUGCACUACUGAUUCCAAAGAUGCCUGUUUGGGAUUUAGACACUUGUUUUGUUUUGUUUGUUUGUUUGUUUGAGUUUUUCUGUUGGUUUUUUUUGACUGCCUAACGUGAUGGAUGAACUGGAUUCAUCCACUGAAAUCAACAGAACUGUGUGCACAAUGAUGCUUUUCUAACGAGAGACGGAGAGAGGAAGGAAGGACAAACAGACUACUUGAGGCUGUGCCCAAACUGCAUCAGGAUCACUGUAACUUUUGCCUCUGAAGGAGAACAUAGGAAAAUCAGGAGCAUGGAGAACCAUGGUUCUGCAGAAGAAAACGGACAAGCAUGUAAAAAGGAAAGCAAAAAGACAGAGGUGAAUAUUUCAGAAGCAGGUGCUUCAGACAGCAGCUCUUGAAACCCUCUGAGGAUUGUAAAAUUAAAUCAAACACAGACGGAGCAGCAAUCUGGUUAAUUGCUGAAUGAAGAAAGAAAGACUUAAUCUUCCAUUAGCAGUCCCCCAGCCUUGUUGAACAAAGCACUGACUGCUACAGGUAUAAGCUUCCAGCGGCUGAGAACUGACACCGCUCGCUCCCGUGCUUGCAGGUCUGCCGCACACAGACCACGUCGGCAUGGGACACUCCUACAAGCCCCAGGAGUUUUGGUGACUCUUGCUUAGUUAUCCUUCCCACCACUGCUGUUGCUUUUCUUACUGUGAAUCUGAGCAGAUCUGAGGAGGACACAGUGUGCAGCUACCCCCACCCCACCCAUCUAAAGUUGAACUGAAGAAGCAGAUGGCUGUGGACUCAGCUUACCUCUAUUUGAUGUGCGUAGUGUAUUCCCCAGUUUUGUUGCAUCUCAUGGAGGGUUUUGUCACACCUAAAGGAAAAAGAUGCUGCAUUGCUACCUGAAAAAAGCCCCACCAGGUCCCAAUUAACACAGUUCUGUUUAUUUUGCAACAUGAUACUAAUAGGACAGGAAGAGGGGAGUCAUUGCUCUGAAUUUGGGAACUACAUAGUAUGCUUUAAAAAGACAAAGGCUUCCAGACUAGCAUGGAUACACUAAAGAAUUGGUCAUUCAGCAGCAAAUAACCAGUCAUUUUUGUUCACCAUUUCCUUACACAUAAAAUGAAGUAGGGACUGUGUCUUGUCUUUAAAGCUGUACAAUAAUCAAGGUGCUACUGUAAUGCUUCUAUUAAAUUAUAAUGAACUAAGUGGAUGUUAGAUUUAAAACUGAGCCCUAACAGCAGACUAAUUGUCUGUGUGUGGAAGGAAUGUUCCUACCUGCCCCAGAGCUUUAAAAAGCUUAAAUGAAGCCUAAGUGCCAGAUGAUACUGAAACCUUGCAUUUCAUUACUGACUUGGUGCUGGCUUGUUCAGAUGUUCAGUCUUUGUCUACAGCAGAAGGAUGUCAGCCUUGCUUUGAGGUCACUAAUAGUUUUGUUUCAGUCACUCAGCAGAGUGAUUCCAAGUGGCCACAGUGUUUUGAAAAAUUAGGCUAAUCACAAAACCUGGCUGUGCUGGCCUGUGCAUUUAGCCAGGGAACUAGAACUGUUCCUGCUCUCUGCCAGGCCUCCAAAGUGAUCUGUGCCUGAGUGAGUUGUUGACAUGUGAGGCGUUGGUGAGCUGGUGUUUGAGGGCAGCUCUCAGAGAUGAGCUGAUGGGGAGCGUGGCAGCUUGAGACGUGCUCUGGGUGAUGUACUGAAGAUUCGUGGUGUCUGCAGUGCAGGUUUUAUGUUGGGUUUUGGUCUGUGAGAAGCUGUGCAGUCUGGAUCAUGGCCACCUGGAAUUCACUGCUCUUGCAGUUGCUGAAAUGAGCAGGACAGGCCCUUCUAGAUUCGUAUAGGCAGGGGCUUGAGGCAGAACUUCCGUUCUCUCUGAAUUCCAGUGGAGGGAACAUCAAAAUGUCAUGUUUAUUCAAGUUUUGUGUGGAAGAGCUAAGUGUAAGGAUUGUACAACAUCAUUCCAGGCAGGGAAUGAUCACUGUCCUGGUGAUACUGUUAACAGGCUGGUUGUUAAUUUUUGUACAUGAGCUGAGAGUUAAACAUGCACACAAAGCCAUUCCUCCUGGCAGAACUGUUUCCAAAAUGAUGCCAUUAAAAGCCUGUUAGAUUCCAACCAAAUCCAGGGCAAUAACCAUAAAGAUAUCUACAAGGAUGAUAAUGCUUAGGCCUGUUUGCUAAAUGGUCAUUAUUUUCUGAAUGUCUGCAGAUUUUUAACAGGCACAGUGUGGCUUGAUAGUGGAAAUGUGGUUUGUUUUUAUUUUCAUCUGAAAGCCAGUGCAGGCAGAUGGGCCCUUUCUGAAAACCUACUUCUUCAAAUGCAAAUCCUCGCUCCUUUUCUAAUGAGCCAAUAGAGGCUGGUACAGCUGAGAUGAUAAGCCCCUGGAGAUGAAUCAAAAUGUGAUUUCUCAUGAUGAUGCUUUAUAUUCUUGGGCACCUUCCAUGAAUGCAGUCAAUUUUGUAAGUGUGAGUUAAAUUAGGUCUCGUAUCAUUUAUCACUGUUGCGAGCUAAACUGCUUUCAUAGUCCAAAACUUUCAAACCUUAAAGUGGAGAAGCAUAAAGGUCAAAGUUAGGUGGGUAUUAAGGGCUUUGUGGGGCUGUCAGAAGCACUGAAUUAUCUUUAAGCCUUUAUGUAGUCACUCAUUUGAAAGGUCUUCUUUUUUUUCAGAGGUGCUAAGCAUCCUCAUCUCCCUGUGAACACUGAGGCAAUUACUGCUUGAUAGCAGUGUGUGGCAUAGUGAUCCAUGUCACCCCAUCUCCAGAAAUGCAAAACAUCUGGGAGAUGAGAAGACAGCACAGUUAAAAAGCAGACUUUAGGAACCACAGCUUGCUUGUCUUCGCAUCAUUUCAUAGCCAAAAGCAAAGAGAAGCAAUGCAAAGCCUUAACUGACAGCUGUCAGUUUCAUUUGUAAUUCGUAUACAACAGACAGGAGAGUGGUUAGAGCCUUGCUUCACCUGCAGGCUUUGCAAACCAUUGAGUACAACUGAAAGCAAAGGAGGAUGAUUUAGGCAAUAGAUUUCUUCCAAAAGUGGAUAAACAUUACCUGAAAAUGAGGAAAAAGCACCUCCAAUAAUUGUUUUCUUUACACCAGUGUGUAAAGAACUUCCACCGUGCUGAAAAGAAUGUGGUAUUGCUUCAUACCAAGCACUGAGUGACUGUAAAGCAUGUAGUCAUUAGACUAACAUCUAGACAAGGUAUGAGUAGUAAUGUCUUGGCUUUUAGUUCCACUUUUGUUCUGUGGAUUUGGCUCCCUGACAGCUGCUUGAACUAAUGCUGCACAGAGAACAGAGCAAAACUAGACCUAUAGGUCUGUAGUCUUAGUAUCAAACCCUUAAGCAAGUAAGAUGUAUGUGAUACAGAGUCUUGCAGAAGCACUGACUUAGCUUCUGUGCAUACAGCAGUAUUUUCAAAGACCCAGCUAUAAUGAAAUCACUUCUGCACCUCCUCCAGUGUAAUCAGAGUGGUAGCAAAAGUCCUGGGUUUUCAUUUCUGCAGCGUGCCACCCUGCAGUGCAGGGCUGGAAAAACAGCCCAGGGAAAAACAAUGAGGGAACUGUGUGCCUUCAGCUUGUGUUGAAGUCAGUAGAUGAACUCACUCAAUGCCCUUUGAAAGACACCUAAUCAUACAAUCUUGCCCUCAGUUUCACAGCAGCAGCAAUCACAUUACUAAAUUAAAGGUGGCUGGGUGUAGGUCUGCUAGAGGUGACUGAAUGUUGAGGGCAAAAGAGCUCUUGAGAUGAGUCUAGCACAGGAGAACUCUGAGCACGAGUAGCCUGAGUUUCGCAUUAAGCAGUUAGCGCAGUCCUGUCACACAGCUGGCUGGAAGCUCCCCUUCUGGGUGGAGAACAUGCAGCUCUGGAAGCAAACUGUGAUCCCAGCUGCUGCUGAGAUGGCACUUUAGCAACAGUGUGGACACAGCUGCUAAAGCACUUCAAAUAAGAAACACUUUGAGCAUGGGGAUAUUUUUCUCAGCUUGAAAAUACUUUAUGAUGUGGUCAGUGAUAAGAUAACCUCUCACUUAAAGUCAAGCCAGUCUCUUACUGAUACCCUGGUUACUUUGUCAUGGUUUAUUGCAAUAGUUUAUGCACCUUUUAUUAAAGCACAUGAGCACUGGUUUGCAGGUGACUGUAAACCCAGUUUAGAGCAGAGCUCAGAUUACUGAAUCUGUAAUUGGAGUUAUCAAAAAGAAGGCAUAUUAGUAGGAAAGAGAUUGUUCUGUAUAUCAGUGUCAAAAUGUUAACCCAGUCAGCACUGUCUGGCCCAACAGUGACUGUGUGCCGUAGAAUGAGGCUGACCCCAAGCACAGCAAUGUGCCAGAGGAAAAGCUCCAGAUGAUUUGGACGGCCUUUGGAACAGUCCUGCAGUUAUUUCCUGUUGUAUACUGUUAAGUUAUUCAUAAAGAUUAAAUUGCAUUGACAACUGGGAUAGUCCCUGGUCUUUCUUUAGAGCAGGUUUAGGUGGGCAGGUUGCACUUAAACAGGAUGAAAAUCCAGCCUUAGCAAAAGUUCUUUUGACAUUGUUGAAGUUUCAGCAGCAAGUUCAAGGACUGAAUCAGAACCAAUCAAUUAAUUAAUGUCUGAGAGCAAAACUUGACUUUCUGGCUUUUAGUUAUGUAUUUUUUUCCCCUUUUCUUUUUAGACUGGUAGAAAUGAGCCUUACUAUCUCGGGUGUCUCAUUGGAAAUAAAACCCCCUUUGACUCUGAACUGAUGAUUCCAUUGUUGGAAUUGCAGAAAGGGAUUAGGGAGUGACAAGGAAACAGGGAGAAGCUCCUCACUGCUCAGAGACUCAGCUGGCUCGACAAGGCCCUGGGCAGCCUGAGCUAGUGGAGGAUGUCUCUGCUUACUGCACGGGGGUUGGAUUAGAUGACCCUGGAGGUCCCUUCCAACCCAAACCAUUCUAUGAUUCUUUUUUGUCCUUUUUAACUGUCAGCUGAGAGAAAUUACCCCAGUAGUCAGUGCAGGGCAUUACUGAACUGUGGCUGGGGAACAGCACACACGUAUCUGGUGUCCAUAUGGCAGCACCCAAGCAAACAGAGGGAUGCAGAGGUGAUGAGAUGAUCCUGUUCAAAGCUGAAGUUCAAAUUCAUACCUGAGCCUGCACUCUUAGGUUUGUGAUGUUGGGACACAUCCCUUUUGAAAGGUAAGAAGCUCUUGAAAGCUCAGCUGGGGCAAAGCCUGCUUCCUUACCCAAAGGAACAAUUGCAAGAAAAUUUUUUGAACCAAGAGGUUCCUCCAGAGGACUUGAAACAAUGAAGAGCUGGUUCCUUAGUUGACAGAGAUUUUAAGUUGGAUCUUCAAACCUCUGACAACUAAGGAACAAAUAGGGAAAGGGAAAAAUGAAAUACUGAAAGUUUUGAGAGAGACCUUGAUGGUUGUUAACUUUCAUAAAUAUGUAACAGCAUGGCAGCAGAGUGGAACAAGAUACCUGUGCAUAUCUUCCUAUUAAUAUCAGUGGCAGCUGGGCAGGCUAAAGCAGGAGGGAAUGCAGUGCAGUCCUGCUGCAGCUGAUGCAGAAAGCUGUACCAAUACUUUUGUUUGGUACGUUGGAAAGAAAGGACACUGCCUUAGAGCAUGUCCCUUUCCCAGCUGCCACUGUUAGGUGCUCUGUGGAUCAUCUGAGCUCUGAGCUAAGCAAAGGAGGCAGCAAACAAGGUCUCUUUUUUUUUUUCCUUUGGUGGAACAGAUCUGGAGUUUAAUCUGGUUUGUAUUGAUUUCUUCUCUGAUUCUUUUUUGCAUGUUUCCAGAUAUGUGAAAUAUACUAACUGCAUUUAGCAAACGCUCGUGCAAGGCAUCACAUCCUGCAUCUUUACAUCAUGCAAGAUGUAGAUAAGAAGUUAAUAGCUUGUGUGGAUGGCAUCUCAUAAACUCUGCAUGGGUGCAAGACACUGAAACUCAGGCUAUAACCUCAGCUACAGGAAAAAGCCAAGUAUGAGUAACCCCUGUCAAAAUUCCCUGCCUUCCCCUCUGGCCAGUCACAGACUGUAAUGCUGUAAAUUGAGAGUGGCUCAGACUGCUUGCUCUUCCCUUGAUGCCUUUCCCUCCACAAAAAUGAGAUCUUGUUCCACAAACAGCUCUUACAAAAUGCCAUAGGAGCAUUUUUCUUGUUCUCUGCCAUAUGAGGGCUCUGCAGUAUGACUGCAGAGCUGUCAGAAUAGGAAUCCUUCUUCCUUUAUCUCUGUGACCCUAAAACUGCCAACCCAGACAGCAGUGUUCCCAAGCCACCUUGAAAGCAGAAAAGUAAGAGUUUAGAGUUCAUGGGUGCUGUAAGUUAAAUAUCUCUACAGGAAACUUCAUUCUAUAAUGUACAAAGCCCAUGUAACAAACUCCUGACCAGAAAAUUCCAUAGCCCAGCUACCUUUCAGAGAAAUAUGACUUCCUCAGUGAGCUGUUACUGGUCAGUACUACAUCACUGGUUUAAUUAUUUCAUUAUGCUUCUAAAAUCCCAGUCUUCUUAAAACAACUAAACAUAUGGUGGGUUCUUGAUGGUUGGCCCAUGGCUAAAGAGAGUAAACAGGGGCUGUAGUCAGUUGACAUCAUAGGUAUUUGAGUAACUGCCCCAGUUAGAUUAUCACUUACAGUCUGUCCUCACCUUGAGGGGGAAUUGUUCCAGUAGAAUCCUCCUAAUUGUUAAAACCUAGUGAAAGAUGCACACACAGAGCUAUUCAAUUCAGAUACAGUUCUUACAGAAGUACAAAUACUUCCCUUAGAGUCUCUCUGUAAAAAGACACAGAUGGGAAAGAAAUUAUCCUCUGGGUCUCAGAACUCUUAGCAAAUGCUCAUCAACUUAUAAAGGAGAGAAAUCAGAGUUUAAGAUGUUUUCUUUCUAAGUGACAGUAGUGGCUGUCUUACACCUGAACUCUAGAGAUGUACUGUUCUAAAACAUUUAAUCCCAGACUUAAAAGCACAGAGUGAAAAUGGGUGAGCAAAACCUGUCCUUACUUUCAGAUUGAGAAAUUCAAAGGUUCAGUGACACAUCCAGGGUCACCUGGGAAGCAUACCCUUACCCCCCCCCAAAAAAUAAUCAUCCCAUAAAGAUAACCAAAUUGUAAUGUUGCACUUCUGCUGGUCUAACUCAUUUUUACAGCUGUGCUUAGAAAAAUGGGAACCAAAUUACCAGCUUACUUUUUAAACACACUCAAGUUAGGAACUAAAUAUGGAUUAAAAGACUGGUGUCUACUGAUCUUGUGAGCUAUAGUAAUGAGAAGCUGUGCUUUUCCUGUGUCUUUUUUUUCCCUUGAAAUCAAGCAACCUCAUGUUCUGAUUAGCAUCUUCCAGUCAAACCUGCAAAUCCCUCCUACCAUCCAUAGUACUCAAAACCCACGUAGCUUUGUUAGAAGUCCUCAGAACAAAUACUGACACUUUAAUGAAUUGCACAGAGCAGGAACCAGGAAGGUUCCUUGAAAGUGGCUGUUCUGACUUUUCUUUUGUAUGUGUGUGUGUGUGUGUGUGACUGUACAUAGAUCUUGCAAAAUGUUAAUGGUAAUAAUGCCUCCUGUACCCCACACGGACACUGCGAGGAUAGCAUGGUCAUUGUUACGCUCUAUAGCUGUCGUGGAAAAUGUCUUACCCUGCAUCCAUGAUCCUAGUGCCCAGCCUAGCCCCAGGCCUCUUUUUUGGUUUUUGGUU